UGGGGGUAGUGGGUGGGAGGUUCUACUGGCGUGACGUAGCAAAUUGCCCGUGGCUUUCUUGUUUGGAGACUCGAUGCUUCUCUCUCUCCCUCUGAUCAGUGGAGGGGGGAGACGAGCUAUCACACAGCGGCGGAUACCGCGUGCGACUCCGAGUCCUCUCUGUUUUCUCCACCUCUCCGCUCCCUGCUGGAUCCCUUCUGGGGGGAUAAUAACACGACACCAUUGAGUCAGCAUACGACCGUAGAGUUCUGGCUCCAUUUCGAGGCUGUUCUGAAUGACGGGCGGACGGUUCGACUUCGAUGAUGGAGGAACAUACUGCGGAGGGUGGGAGGACGGUAAAGCCCAUGGACAUGGCAUCUGUACCGGGCCAAAAGGCCAGGGCGAGUACGCCGGCUCCUGGUCGCAUGGCUUUGAGAUAGUGGGGGUGUACACCUGGCCCAGCGGGAAUAUGUACCAUGGCUACUGGUCCCAGGGUAAGCGGCAUGGACUGGGAGUAGAAACCAAAGGGAAGUGGAUUUACCGCGGUGAGUGGAGUCACGGCUUCAAGGGUCGCUAUGGACUCCGACAGAGCCACAAUACACCUGCGAGGUACGACGGGACGUGGAGUAACGGGCUACAGGACGGGUAUGGGAUUGAGACCUACGGCGACGGUGGUUCAUAUCAGGGCCAGUGGAUGGGUGGGAUGCGGCAUGGAUAUGGCGUGCGCCAGAGUGUUCCGUACGGCAUGGCCACUGUGAUCCAGUCCCCGCUACGUACCUCCUUGGCAUCCCUGCGCUCCGAGCAGAGUAAUGGCUCCGUGCUCCAGGAUCUCUCCGGUGACACGCCCGCCGGCGGCCGCGGCGGGUUCGUCCUCAACUUCCACUCGGACGGCGAAGUGGCCACCGGGAAGAAGAAGAAGAAGGGUCUGUUCCGGCACGGGUCGCUGUUCGGGAGCCUCCGUCGGCUACACAAGUCCGAAUCGAAGUUGUCCAUCUCCAGUAAGAGGAGUUCGGCACGCAGUGACGCCGCUAUGAGCCGCAUCAGCUCCUCCGACGCGGACGCCAACUCCACCGUCUCCCUGGGCGACGGAGAGCUGCCGGAGGAGGACUUGCUGUUGGAGGAUCACGUGGAUGCCACCACCACCGAGACGUACACAGGGGAGUGGAAGAACGACAAGCGCAACGGGUUCGGUGUCAGCGAACGUUCCAACGGGAUGAAGUACGAGGGGGAGUGGCUGAACAACAAGCGCCACGGUUACGGGUGCACCACCUUCCCCGAGGGGAACAAGGAAGAAGGGAAGUACAAGAAUAACGUGUUGGUUCGUGGAAUAAGGAAGCAGCUGAUUCCGCUAAAGAACCCCAAAACCAAAGAGAAGGUGGACCGGGCCGUGGAGGGGGCGCGGAGGGCAGGGGCCAUCGCCAGGACGAAAGUGGAAAUAGCAGCUUCCAGGACGGCUCAUGCCAGGACGAAGGGAGAGGCAGCAGACCAGGCAGCUCUCUCUGCCAGACAGGAUUGUGACAUCGCUAGGGCCGUCGCUAGGGAGCUGUCUCCAAACUUCCACCAACCAGGUCCUGACUAUAUCAAGCAGGCAUUCAUGGAGGCAGUAGAUCCUGCUGAAGAGAAGAAGGAGGACAACCCCACCAGCACCGCCCAGACCCCCGGGCCCACCCCUCCUCCAUCGCCCCACAGCAAGAAGAGACCGCACAGCAACAGCGUCUCCACCUCCGCCUCCUGCAAGAUCAGUAAGGACGAAUCAUCACACAGUCGCAAUGCCAGCAAGGACGAAUCAUCACACAGUCGCAAGGCCAGCAAGGACGAAUCAUCACACAGUCGCAAGGCCAGCAAGGACGAAUCAUCACACAGUCGUAAGGCCAGCAAAGAGGAGAAGCCGGGCCUUAAGAUUAGCAAGGAGGAGCGGUCGAGCAGAAAGUUGAGUAAAGAGGAGAGGGUCUCCGUCGCUGCCGAGCCUUCAAGAGCUGCUGCUCCCUCUUCCCAGAUGAGAUACGAGGAGGCUCCAGCCAGACCCCCCAAGGCCCCGGAGCCCGGCCCCACCAACGCACCACCUCCCCAGGCUGCUGCUCCGCAGACGGUGGUGGGUUCUGUUAAUGGAGUGGGACAACUCCACUCCCAGUACCAUAGCUACUACGUCAAAGCCCCCUCCAGGGGACCCCUGCCCCCGGAACCUGAGCCUGAGGAGGACGAGGAGCCCAGUCAACUGACCCUGGCACGGAUGGCCCCGCCAACCCCCAAGCCGACGCCCACCAGCGAACCGUGCAAACUCAGGAAGCAGGAUUCGCUAAAACCAAAGAGCCUGGCAGAGACCAAGAAGGCCAGUAUGGAGAUGGCUGAGGGGAAUGAGGAAGAGCAUGCUCCUAACUCUAUCCUGGUUGCUAUGGUGAUGCUGUUGAAUAUCGGCCUAGCGAUCAUAUUUGUUCACUUCCUGACAUGAUGGUCCUGUUUCUCAGUGAUGCCAUGGCAACCGGUGCCGGCCCAUCAAAAUUCUAAAUGGCGGCAGUCAGACUCGGGGUGAGGCCGCAGGAGCUUGGGAAACAGCUGUGUGACAUAGGAGAGAAACAGGAGAGGCAGGAGAGAAGGACCUGCAGCCUGUCCUGGGUCGUCCACAGCCCUGCCUGAUCAUAAUACUCUCCUCUGGAGCCUGUGGAAGAACAAACUGACAUGUCUGAGAGAGAUAGUAAAAACACUACAACAGAAAAUGUAAACACACACACACACCACACACACACACACACACACACACACACACACACCACACACACACCACACACACACACACACACACACACACACACACACACAGGACAAAAUUAAGUAAUUGAAACACACGUCUGCUGACCCAAGCAGUGAGCUCUAUGCUCUGCUCGUGCAUGGACACUCCUUCUGUCUGUCCUUCUGUCCUGUCUUUCUGUCCUGUUUCUGUCUGUCCUUCUGUCUGUCCUGUUUCUGUCCUGUUUCUGUCUGUCCUUCUGUCCUGUU